UUGUGAAGGCAUUUUUAAUGGAAUGCGUUGUCUAUAUAUAUUCCGUCGUUGUUCGCCACGCCUCAUUCAAAUCACGUUCCCCUCAAAACGUUAAACAAAUAGCCACUUCUGCGAGACUUGCGGUACACAAAAGCGAUUCCUUGGUCGCUAUAACAACCACCAACCCCCAUAUUUACGGGCCGAAGUCAGCACGAGAACAGUAACGCACCACCUUCGAACACGAGCACCCACCAAUACCGAAACUGUUUCAAACAAAUGCACAUCGAAUUCGAACGAUUCUAUAUUUGAAAAUAAAAAAGUGUUUGUGUUAGUUUUAUUUUUAUUGUGGCCAGUAUUUCAAACAUGAUUUGCGUAGCUUUACUCUUGUUGACAAUAAACUUAGUGCUCUCAGCUAGGGAACCACAACAGAUCACUCUAGUUAAUCAAGGAACAAUAUCAGGAGUGUAUAUGACGCGUUUUCGUACAAAGAGAAUCGCCGCGUAUCUAGGGAUCCCUUACGCCCAACCGCCGGUUGAAUCAAGGAGAUUCCAGGCACCAGAUUACACAAUUUUGCCGGCUUGGGAGGAUGUGAGGAAUGCAACGACGUUUGCCCCUGAUUGUAUGCAGAGUGACCCUAAAGAGAAAGAGGGAGAUGUGCAGAGAGUGCAGUUGAGUAAGCAUGAUAAACUGUUUGCUACGCUGCUUGAAGAUCAAUUGGAGGAGCCUAGGAAGAAGGAAUUCAGUGAAGAUUGUCUUUACCUGAACGUUUACGUUCCUGAUGGUUUCAAAAUAGAAGGCGGCUAUCCUACGAUGGUAUGGUUUCAUGGCGGCAAUUUCAUGAGAGGCAGCCCCAACGAUUUAAACCCAUUUCAAUUGGUCUUAUCACAAAAAGUGAUAUUUGUCUCGGUAGCCUAUCGAUUGAACAUAUUCGGAUUUUUUUCGACAUUAGACCAAGAGGCCACUGGAAACUACGGCAUAUUAGACCAAGUCGCUGCUCUGAUCUGGGUGAAAAACAACAUCGCAGCAUUCGGCGGUGACCCGGAUAAUGUUUGCAUUUUCGGACACGACGCAGGAGCCGUAAGCGUUGGACUGCACUUGAUUUCAUCUUACUCAUCAGGACUGUUCCAAAAAGCCAUAGCGAUGAGUGGAAAUGUCUUGUCACCAGACACAGUCAAUACACCUCGAAGAGAAGUUAUAACCGUCGAUAAGGUUGCUACAGCCUUCAGUUGUUUCCGAAAACCGUCCUACCAACUACUAGGUUGUCUUCGGAGAGUGCCUUUUCAAGCGCUUUUACAAGAGGGAGAAUAUCUGACGGAAUGGAAACCAAUUGUAGAUUUAGGAUUUAGCAAUGUCACCACACCGUUUCUACCUGACCUGCCUAGCAAAUUGUUCAAAGAUGAAAUGUUUAGUCCAGUACCAGUAUUGACCGGUUACACUAAUAUGGAAGAUGCACUUCUCCUUGCUAAGGAUAGUGACGAUACUGGAAUAAGUCAAAAAGAGUUUGAUGCAAUGAGAGAAGAAAUAGUCUUAGCUGAUAUAACAGUAGACAAUACCUCAUGUUUCACUAAUCAGCAUCAUAUUCAAGACGCAGUUUCUUUCUUUUACAAGCCCAUCCCACCGACGUCGAAUGAAACGAUACUGAGAAAGCUGUUUUUGGACUUUUAUACAGAUAAAGUACACGGGGCUACUACUUAUCAGUUGGCCAAACAUCUGAGCCAACAUGCGCCCGUCUAUCUCUACCGAUUCGAUCUAAAACCCUUCUCUGAUAUGGCCAACGAAGGUAUCCCGGACUGGAUUUCGGUGCCACACAAUUUCGAUUUAAUUUUCACUUUCGGCUUACCACACUUAGCUCAACCUAAGGAUUUGAACAAAUGGGAUAAAAGAGAUAAGAGUAUAUCUGAGAUAAUUAUGAAAAUGUGGUCCAAUUUUGCUUGGUACUCGCACCCGACUAACUCAAGUGUAAGAAUUGAAUGGGAAGCUUUUGAAAUGGAAAAGCCAGGGUAUUUGAUAAUAGACAGGAAUAAUUUCACGAUGAGUACCCCAGAAACGAUUAACUAUAAAGCUUUUGAAUUUUGGACUGAUUUUUAUCCGAAAGUUGUGGAGAUUGGUACGAAGUGUUGUAAGGAACCAAUGACCUUUCACGUGGUUAUCGUGGCCGCGAUGCUGGCCCUCGUGUCAUGUCAGCGGGGCUCGUUCGCAGGCAAGAGACCAAUCGGCUACCCUGAACUACUCAACAGGACUACCACUACAGUUGAUCCACUAGGGAAUCGCUUCGGCGAAGGCGACAGCACCACAGAAAGGUUGCCCGUAGAAGCCAACGGUGACCGCGACUUGAUCGACAGAAUCAGCAAGUUUCCCAUAGACCAACAACCCUUCUGGUACCUCAAUUGGAAGGCGCUAGAAGAACAGAGGAAAAACCCCCAGACAUUCGCGCAACGGCCGAGUCAGUUCGCGGAAACACCGAAUUUCAAUGCCGGAACACAAAAUUCUAAUGCUGGAACUCUCAAUUCUAAUGCUGGAACUCUAAGUUCUCGUUUUGGAACGAAUUCUAAUCCUGGAACUCUGAAUUCUAAUCCUGGAACAACAAUUAAUAAUGUUGGAACUCAUUCUAAUAGUGGAACUGUAAAGGGAGCAACUAAUUCUAAUAUUGGAACUCAAAAUUCUGGAUUUUCAAGUCUUGAACAUGACGAUGGUGGUUUUGAUACCGAUUCUGAUACUGAUAUUGAUGUUACUCAUGUUAACAAGGGAAGACACACACAACAAAAACCACAACAACAACAACAAGGAUACACUUCUCGGGGUUCUCAUUUGUAAAACCGAUCUUUGGAUAAAAAUGUCUUUUUUUGUUCCAAUCACAAAACUCUCCAAAAUAUCACUAACAGGAACCGAUUUUUUUUAUCACUAUAAAUUAAACUUCAAUUAAAUGUAAUAAAACACA